UUGUUGAACAGAUCGCAGACGGCAUUACAUUACAGAGCGACAUUUCUACUGAAGAACAAACAUUUGGAGGAUUCAACGGAGAAAGUUGAAGGGACUGUAACUUGGUGAGUCUGCAACUUGAAGAAAAUUUGGAUAUCAGAUGGCUGAGAAAAUUGCUCUUGUUGAAAAUUUCCUGAGCUGCCAUGUGUGUUCAGAGACUUUCAGAGAUCCUGUGUCUCUGAGCUGCAGCCACAGCUUCUGUUCAGGCUGUCUGCAACAAUUUUGGGAACAAACUAAAAACAAAAACUGUCCCAUUUGUAAAAGAAAAUCUUCAAAGGAUUAUCCAUCCAUCAACCUUUCUCUCAAAGACCUCGCUGACUCCUUUGUUAAGAACCAGAAUAAUGAUUCGCCUAAGACAGAAGUAGAAAAGGAGGAGGUGGUGUGUCAUAAACAUCCAGAAGUCCCUUAUUGGUUCUGUAAAGAUGAACAGAGAGCUGUGUGUCCUGUUUGUGAGUUUUCUCACCACCACGGUCACAAGGUGGUUCCUGUAGAACAAGCAGUCAGUGACCUGAAGGACCAGCUGAAAUCUGACUUAAAGCCUCUACAGGACAAGAGGAACAAAUACAAACAAGUGGAGAAAACAUACAAUGAAAUGAUUGAACACUCCAAGAAGCAGCUGUUGUCCACAGAGAAGCAGAUCAGAGCAGAGUUCAACAAGCUCCACCAGUUCCUGAAAGAGGAAGAGGAGUCCAGACUGGCAGCUCUGAGGGAGGAAGAGGAGCAGAAGAGGAAGACUAUGAGCAGAGAGAUGAAGAGGAUUCAGGAGCAGAUCUCCUCUCUGUCAGACAGUAUCUCUGCUGUUGAAGAAGACCUGCAGAAACACGUGUCAUUCCUCAGCAAUUAUAAACCCACUCAGACCAGAGCCAGAGCCCAGAGCUCACUGUCAGAUCCACAGCUGGUCUCAGGAGCGCUGAUAGAUGAGGCCAAACACCUGGGCAACCUGUCCUUCAGAGUCUGGGAGAAGAUGAAGGAGAAGGUCCACUUCAGUCCUGUCAUUCUGGACCCAAACACUGCAGCUUGCAGUCUCUACCUGUCUGAUGAUCUGACCAGUGUGAGACAUGGAGUCACAUAUCAGCAGCUCCCUGAUAAUCCAGAGAGAAAUACAGGGUAUGCAGAUGUUCUGGGGUCUGAGGGCUUCAGCUCAGGGAAACACAGCUGGGAGGUGGAGGUGGGAGACUAUCCUGACUGGAAUGCAGGUUUGGCUAAAGAGUCAGCUGACAGGAAGGGAGAUGUAGAUGCUACACCAGAAUAUGGAUUUUGGUGUUUAUCCUAUGACAGUGGAGAAUACACUGAUGUUGUUGGUGAGACUGUCAGAGUGAAGAAGAGUCUCCAGAGGAUCAGAGUCCAGCUGGACUAUGACAGGGGGCAGGUGUCUUUCUACAACCCUCAAGACAAGACUCACAUCUACACUUACAGAGACACUUUCACUGAGAAACUCUUCCCUUAUUUUAACCUUGGACCAGCUGGUGAUGCUAAAACCACUGAUAUCAAAAUCUGUUAAACAGAGAGUUAACUGUGAUGUUGAGGAAGGUUUGUGAGAUUUGAGGGGAAAAUUAGAUUUACAGAUUUAUGUUUGUCACUAUCAGUUUUUAUAGGUAAAUGUUGUGAAUUCAACAUUUACUGUUGAUGUUUUAAUUGUAAAGUUUUUAAAGUAAAUAAGUUAACUUUCUCAAAUGGUAUUUUACAAAAGGAUUUCUUUUUAAAAUAGAAAAACUUUGACAGUACAUAAUGGUCCAAAGUGAGACUGCUGAUGUAAUAAUUCACCUGUUCUUUCUUUACCAUGUGUGUCAUGAAUCAAAGAAAACUACUGACUGUUAAAUCUUUCUUUUAUCCAUUAGAACUCAACCAUCUUCCUUUACUGAAAUUAAUGCGAGACACUAUUUUCACUUCUCUUUCCAGGUCCAUUUUAAAUUACAGCAGCCAAAAAUUACAAAAAGUAUUUACCUGAAGAUUGUGUAGAUCGAUCUUCAUUUAUAUGUAUAAAAAAAGACUCACAUUGAACUGUGGAUUUUAAGGGUUGUUCAUGGGUGUCAUCUUUAU